CAAUUUUCGGUGUAUCCCUUUGAAGUAUUGUUCAUAUAUGGGUCAUGAGCAAGAAGGGCCCUCUCUAUGUUGCAAUGUUUAAGCCAAUUGGAAUCAUCUUUGCGGUCAUCAUGGGAAUUGCCUUUCUUGGUGACUCUAUCUAUCUUGGAAGUGUGCUUGGAGCAGCCAUAGUGGUUAUUGGUUUUUAUGUUGUUAUUUGGGGGAAAAGCCAAGAGCAAGCAAAGGAAGAGUGUGAAGUCUAUGAUGACUCGGAAUCAUACUCACCCGUUGUCCCUCUUUUGAAGAACAAGAGAAUGGAGGAAUAGAAUCAUAUCAAUCAUUUAAUUUCUCUAGCUUCAAUAUAAA